ACUAUUCCAUAUUGAUAAGAGAUUCGAAGAAGAUUAUCUGUAUUAAUUGAACAUUUUACUUCCGGCAACUGUGAAUUUAAGCAUUACUAUUAAGUUGAGGAAGGACUGACUUCUCUUUCUUUUCAUCGUCUACUUGUUUGACAUUUCUGUUGAAGUUUAUGUUGUAGUUAUUUUAUCGGUGUAACCUACGACAUCCUGUUAUGUGCCAAAUAUGCUCGAGUCUUAGCUGUUGUGUAACCAUUUUAUGGGGAAAGGGGUCCCUUUUCAGUAAUAGUACAUAUCUCUGUUGUACGUUGUGCAUGCAUGUUAGUUUCUUACCUCCCUACGGUGCAUAUGAGAUCAUAUAUUUGACGCCUACCAUCUGUAGUUUGGGAACUUGGCUGUGACUAACAGCUUGAACGUGUAGAGAAUCAGAGAUUCAACAAUCCUCAUCUGUUGAAUGUAUGACCAAAGAAAAUAUUGGAUGCCAAAAUGUCUUGACGAUCUUGAAUUUUUUGAGGACCUCCAGUUUUUAUAAAAGCAAUGUACGAGAAGCAAGUCAUAUGGAAAUAUUUGAACUUGAUUGGUAUGAUAUGGUUGUACUAGAUACCUUUAGAUAACACCGCUUGAGGUAACAACAUUGAUUUUUCCAAGAGCCUUAUUCCGCAUCUCCUUUUGUUUACCUUAAUUCAAUCUAAUUUCUUCCUUAAUUCUACCAUAGUUUCUGCUGCUUCUGCAAUUGAGGGUAUGCAUGAACCUUGAAUCACUUUCUAGUUUAGUUGUUUCAACUCACGAGUCAGGACAGUUAAAGUAACUCUGGCUAAAGUGAAUGCUUGACAAGAAACUUCUUGUAUUGCUGAGAGAUGGCCGUAAGCUCUUGGGAACACUUCUCUCUUUUGAUCAAUUUGCUAAUGCUGUUCUUGAGGGUGCCUGUGAGAGGGUUAUUGUUGGUGAUCUUUACUGUGAUAUCCCUCUAGGUCUCUAUGUAAUCCGUGGGGAGAAUGUUGUUUUGAUUGGUGAGCUGGACAUGGAGAAGGAGGAACUUCCACAGAGCAUGACACGUGUUUCAGAACCAGAAAUUAAGAGGGCACAGAAGGCGGAAAGGGAGGCUAGUGAUUUGAAAGGGACCAUGAGGAGAAGAAUGGAGUUCCUUGACAUGGACUAGUGUACCCUACCACCUCAAGCUCUUGUCGUCCGCAAAUAUUUCAGCGGCUACUUUUCUCCUUUUGCUUCAUUUUCUCUCUUCUUUUUUUGUGUGGUGGGGGCUGUUUAGAAGCUGUGGAUCAUAAUUCUGGGAAUUAGGAGGCUGAACAUUGUUGAAUUUUCUUGUGUAAUACUGUUAUGGAUGAAUACGAGCAUUCCCUUUUUUUUGUUUUUUUUUUUGUUUUGCCCCCUUUCCUGGAGAAAUUGAUAAUUUUAGUUAUUUAAAUUCAUAACGAUAUGAUAAUGGUGGGAAAUAUCACAAAACUUUUCCACGUUGAUCA